AUGGGCAAAGUAAGUUAAAGGAUACUGUACUUAUGAAAUUUAUCUAUGACGCAUUUUUAUUUCAAAACUUGUUUUGUUCAGGAAGAAGGACCAGAAUCUGAAAAAUGUUGCAAACAUGGAGAAGGAUGUGGAAAAAAGUAUCGUGGAAUCGGAAACUCUUCGAACGAAAAUGAAUACGUCAAUAUGGGUCCAGAUAUUGUUGAUGAAAGUCGGAAAACUGAUGAAAAAAUACGAGAAUUUGCAAAUUCGUUGAGCAAAGAUUCAAUGACUCCACUUCCAACUUAUGAUAAUAUCAAUUCAUUGAACUCAUUUUCGGAUUCGAAUGCAGAACCAAGUGAUUUGGACACUGAUACAAGUUAUAAAGUGUUGAAAUCAAAGAAAACAAAAAAGAAGAAGAAUCGAAAAAAUAAGAACAAGAAAGCAUCAAGAAAAUCAAAUUCACAUUUGACACCAAAAAAACGCGAGGCAAAAGUUGAACAAAUUGAACGUAGUUUUUAUUUGGGAGUUAUGACAAGAAAAGAUGCUGAAAAUGCAAUUGGAUCGAGAAAAAGAUUUGCUGUUUAUCAUCAACUUUCAUCCGCUUCUGUUCUUUUGAAUAUUCAACGCGAAGUUUUUUUGUCAGCCAUUUAUCGAUCUGAAAAUGGACGUUUCACGUAAGAACAUUUGAAAAAAUCUUUCCAAGAAAUGAUAUCCAGAAUGAUUCAUCUUUUUCUAGGCAUUUUUACAUCCGCGAACAAAUUCACGAAGAUUUGAAUCACGAAUUCUACGUCGAUACUGGCAAAUCUGAAGUUCCACAAAUGUUCGCAACAAUCGAAAAUCUGAUUCAAUAUCAUUGUAAAAUCUAA